CCUUGCAAUGGCAAAGUCAGUUGCAUUUCAAGAUGCUGCGCUUGCUGAUCUUGCUGGCUGCCGGACUGGCUCUGGGAUCGAUCUACAUCCUGGGCUCUCAGGCCGACUGUAAUGUCUGUGCGACCGAUAGCAGCGUGGCCUGUGCAUCGAACACAACGUUCCAGUUCUGCUCGGAUGACAAUGUGCCCAUUCAACCUGUCUACUCCUGUCCCCCGGGCUACUAUUGCACCGCGAGCACCACGAUUUGUAGCAAGAACGUGGCCCUCAGAGCCUGCAAUUGCGGUUCGUGCAGUGAGAGUCAGUACUUUGCUUGCCUCUCCGAACGCACAUAUGCCCUGUGCCUGGGAACGGACUCACCAUCGAUGCUCGUCGGCAGCUGCGGCUCGGAGCAUGUGUGCGAUCUGACCAGUCCGUAUAUCUGUGCCAAUGCCACUUCCGCAGCCCAGGCCACUUGUCCCGCUGGCAGCGAUACGAGUCCAGGUGGUGUGGACCCCAUUGGACUAGCUCCCACUGCCUACUGCGGCAUCAUUCAGACGACUGGAAAGUUUCCCUAUGGCAUCGAUCCGGACACCACCUGCAGGCAAUACAUCUCUUGCUCCGUCAAUGGCACCGUUUGGAAAGGAGCCCUCAACGAUUGUCCAGGUCUUACCUAUUACGACAGCUUGACAAAGUACUGCACCACCAAAUUGCCACCCAGAUGCUCGGAUGGAGUCGCAACUUUAAGUCUCAGCAAUCUGCAUCUACUGUAAUAUAUAAUUUGUGUAUUUUAUUCAACUUAUCUGUAGAGAUUUAUUUGUUUACACCUUAGUGGUAACUACUAAUUGGUAUUUAAAGAAUGAAUAGUCAGUCAGCUGUCACUGAAGGAAAUUGAAAUUAACAAAGAAUGAAAAAUAAAGCAGAUCUUUAAUCUUAGUUUAAUUAAGAA